UAGAGCUUUAUCGUAUAUAGGUCAAUUCAACACAGGACGUGAAAAUGUACAGAUUUGUGCUAUUUUUGGUUGCGGCCGCACUAAUGGUGGAGGACAUCCAAUCUUGCUGCUGCUGCAGUCGCGAGCCCUACAUGACGAAGACCUGCCUCGAGUGUUUGUACGACCUCUGCCCCGGCUACGUCCCUUCCAAGUGCGGCUGCAAAUGCUUCAAGGACCUCGCUAACCCGUGCUUGUCCUGCGGGUGCGGAUGCGGAUGUGGGAAGUCACUCUACUUUCCGGAAGUGGAGUAUCCUGUCACCAGUUUUAAUAUCAAUCCGUUUUACUAUGGGUCAUGUUUCGGUAAUUAAAAUUAACGUCUAACGAGAUCAAUCAAGUCUUUCGUCAUUAUACAUGACAUCAUUCGUUUACAUGAGAAAAUU